CCUUGUUAUAAGCUGGAGUUUUCCUACGCUGCAAGCAUCGUUGUUCUUUUUUUUUUUUUUUUUUUUUCAACCAAUUUUAUUUUUCCCAAAUCCCUUAUUUUUCCAACUCACAACAAUUUUUCUUACUCACCAAUCAUCAAAUUCAGUCAAAACCCUCGUAAUUUUCCCUAAUUUCCUUCCUUUUUCUCAAUCAAAUCCCUAGCUUUUAUCGAAAUUCAUCUUCUACUACUAUAAUUCAGCACUAAUCACUCAAUAUUUUGAUUCAAUCAUAUAAUCAUGGCUACCCAGAAACCCCAGAGAUCGCCAGCAGAAAUUGAAGAUAUAAUUCUUCGGAAAAUAUUUCUUGUAUCUUUGAUUGAUUCAAUGGAAUCUGAUUCUCGAGUAGUUUAUCUUGAAUUAACAGCUGCUGAAAUUCUUAGCGAAGGUAAGGAAUUGCUUUUAUCUAGGGAUUUAAUGGAAAGGGUUUUGAUUGAUCGGCUUUCCAAUGAAUUCCCGAAUGCCGAACCGCCUUUUUCGUAUUUAGUUGGCUGUUAUAGACGUGCUUAUGAUGAAGAGAAGAAGAUUAUGAACAUGAAAGAUAAAAAUUUGAGGUCUGAAAUUGAGUUAGUUGUUAAGCAAGCGAAAAAGUUGGCAGUUUCAUAUUGUAGGAUUCAUUUAGGUAACCCUGAUAUGUUUCCUGGUAUAGAUGAUACUGUUGUUAGUGACCAUGCUAAUUUGAUGAGGAAGAAGCAAUCGCCGUUGUUGCCAUUGAUUUAUUCGAAUGUUGGUGGCGGGGCCAUAAUCGAUAGCUAUGGAGGGUCUGGGAGUAGUGGUGGGAUAACUUGCCCACCUGGGUUUUUGGAUGAGUUCUUUGGGGAGGGAGAUUUCGAUAGUUUGGACCCGAUUUUUAAGUGUUUGUAUGAUAAUUUGAGGGAGAAAGUGGUGAAAGAAUCAGCAUUGGGGAAUUUUCAGCAGCCCCUGAGGGCUUUGUUGUAUUUAGUUAGUUUACCAGUUGGGGCUAAGUCUUUAGUUACACAUAGAUGGUGGAUGCCAUCGGGUUCGUAUUUGAAUGGUCGUGCUAUGGAGGUUGCUAGCAUCUUGGGUCCUUUCUUUCAUAUUAGUGCCUUACCUGAUACAGGUUUUUUCAGGAGUAAACCUGAUGUUGGUGAGCAGUGCUUCUCUCAAUCAUCCUCUCGUCGUCCAGCUGAUCUACUAUCAUCAUUCGCUACCAUAAAGACGGUGAUGAAUAACUUAUAUGAUGGUCUGCAUGAGGUUCUUCUUUGUCUUCUGAAAAAACCAGAUACUCGAGAAAAUGUUUUAGAAUUUCUAGCAGCCGUGAUCAAUAACAAUUUCUCGAGGGCGCAUUUGCAGAUUGAUCCUAUGACUUGUGCAAGCUCUGGAAUGUUUGUCAAUCUCAGCGCUGUUAUGCUCAGGCUUUGCGAACCAUUUUUAGAUGCUAAUCUCUCAAAACGGGAUAAAAUUGAUCCAAACUAUGUAUUUUAUAGUAAUCGUAUGGACUUAAAAGGACUUACAGCACUGCAUGCUUCAUCAGAAGAGGUCUCUGCAUAUAUCUCUGAGCUUAAUGUCGGAAGAUCUGAUGGUUCUACUGUCAAUAAUGUUACAGAUAAUCGCUUGUUGACAUCUUUGGAAGCCACUGGCUCUGGCAUUAAUUCUGGUGGACCCCCUGCCCAGAAUGUACGAUCAAUGUUGAAUGGUGAUAAGACUAAAUAUCCAUUCAUCUGUGAAUGCUUCUUUAUGACAGCAAGGGUUCUAAACUUAGGGUUAUUAAAAGCAUUUUCUGACUUCAAGCAUCUAGUCCAGGAUAUGUCAAGAUCAGAAGAUUCCCUGGCUACCCUUAAGGCCAUGCAAGAGCAAGCUCCUACGCCUCAGUUGAAGCAAGAUAUAGAUCGUCUUGAAGAAGAAAUUGAAUCCUAUACACGAGAAAAAUUGUGUUAUGAAGCACAAAUACUUAGGGAUGGGGACCUUAUCCAGCGUGCUUUAGCUUUUUGCCGGUUAAUGGUGGUCUGGUUGGUUGGCUCAGUUGGUGGUUUCAACCUGCCCCUGCCAUCACCUUGCCCUAUGGAAUUUGCUUGUAUGCCAGAACAUUUUGUGGAGGAUGCCAUGGAGUUGCUGAUGUUUGCAUCUCGAAUCCCAAAAGCUUUGGAUGGUGUCAUAUUGGACGAUUUCAUGAACUUUAUCAUCAUGUUUAUGGCUAGCCCUGAAUAUAUUAGAAAUCCUUAUUUAAGAGCAAAAAUGGUCGAAGUGCUAAAUGGUUGGAUGCCUCGUAGGAGUGGUUCUUCUGCAACCGCUAGUCUAUUUGAAGGGCAUCAAUUAUCUUUGCAAUACCUUGUCAAGAAUCUUCUAAAGCUGUACGUUGACAUUGAAUUCACGGGCUCUCACACACAGUUCUACGAUAAAUUUAAUAUCCGUCACAAUAUUGCCGAGCUUCUGGAAUACCUUUGGCAGGUUCCUAGUUAUCGUAAUGUUUGGAGACAGAUUGCGAAGGAGGAAGAAAAGGGUGUUUACCUAAAUUUCUUAAACUUCCUGAUUAACGACAGUAUCUACCUUCUUGACGAAAGUCUAAAUAAAAUCCUUGAACUUAAAGCACUGGAAGCUGAGAUGUCCAAUACCGCGGAAUGGGAGCGAAGACCUGCUCAAGAGAGACAGGAGAGAACUCGUCUUUUCCAUUCCCAAGAGAAUAUAAUUAGAAUUGAUAUGAAAUUGGCAAAUGAAGAUGUUAGUCUGCUGGCUUUCACUUCAGAACAGAUUACAUCACCUUUGCUUCUUCCGGAAAUGGUUGAAAGAGUUUCCAGCAUGCUUAAUUACUUCUUGCUACAACUUGUGGGUCCCCAAAGGAAAUCCUUAAGCUUGAAGGAUCCUGAGAAGUAUGAGUUCCGCCCAAAACAUCUGCUUAAACAGAUUGUCAACAUCUAUGUUAAUCUGGCAAGAGGAGAUGAGAAAAAUGUUUUCCCUGCUGCAAUUUCCAGGGAUGGGCGGUCUUACAAUGAACAGUUGUUUAGUGCUGCAGCUGAUGUUCUUAUAAGAAUAGGAGAAGAUGGAAGGAUCAUACAGGAAUUUGUUGAACUUGGUGCAAAAGCUAAAGCCGCAGCUGUUGAAGCCUUGGAUGCCGAGAAUGCUCUCGGUGAUAUACCUGAUGAAUUCUUGGACCCAAUUCAGUACACGCUGAUGAAGGAUCCAGUCAUAUUGCCUUCUUCAAGAGUUACUGUUGAUCGUCCGGUCAUCUUGAGGCAUCUACUGAGUGACAGUACUGAUCCUUUCAACCGUUCCCCGCUCAAUCCAGACAUGUUAAUCUCUGAUCUUGAGCUUAAGGCAAAAAUCGAGGAAUUUAUCAGGAGUCAUUCAACAAGGAACCGAGAUGAUGAUGUACUCUUGCAAAGCACCAAGGGAACGAUACAAAACCCAACAAGUGAUAUGCAGUUGAUUUGACUAGCUAAUAAAAUUUAAGGUACACCAAAGCUUGAUAAGUUAAGCUUGAAAGAUAUUAGAUUUAAAGCCAUUUCUUAAGGUGUCUUUUUGGCGCUUGUAAAGGUAUCAGUAGGAUCAUUUUCAGCUGUCAAAUCCUAGAAAAAAAUGAUAUACUUGAAAGAAAUGUAGUUUGAUCAAUGAUGACAAUGUAAAUAUGUAUGAAGCGAAUUUUUCAUUCUUAGGUAGCCUUGUUUAUUGGUUAUGCACGAUGUCUUAAUGCUUUUCUGAACUCUUAUUUUUAUUCAUAUUUUUAAAUUGAAGAUUUGACGGGCUCGAUUGUAGAUGGUUA